GUGGCUCCAGCCAGACAUGAGUUUGCCCACUCCUUAUUGGAUUUGGCAGGCUGUUCCACCAUCUGAGAUGUUCUACCUCCUAUGUGCCGGCAGGCCACUGUGGUCCUUAGGCCACUGCCACAAACUCACCUGAGAGCAAAAUCUGGGAUUCACCCUCUGAAUCAGACUCUGAGAGUUGUUGGAGGGAAAGGUUCUGGGAUAUGCAUUUUUAGUAAAUGCUCCAGGUGGUGAUAUUAAAGGUGCAUGUUAAAGUUUGAGACCACUUUGCUAAUUUAUGUCUUUACCAUCUUUUCCAGGAAGUUCACCCAGAUUUCUCCUCUGAGUAAUUCUCUGAUAACCAGAGUGCUCCUCAUCUUUGUCUAAGGGUCUGAUUAACUGUCAUAUUUGUUUUGGGUUCUGCUGGGUGUGCUGUCUCCCACUGGAUCAGGGAACCCCCAGGGAGAGAUGCCUGGCCCUCCCUUUUUUCUUGUCAUUCUAAGCACAGAUGUUCCUGGUUCCUCCUGAGUGUAGGUUCUCCUGGGAUUCUGUAGGAAGUGAGACUCUUAGAAUCCUGCUUCCUUACUUCUCCAGAUACUUGGGAGAACCUAACUUUUCUGUCUUCCUAUCAUUCUAUUUCUGACUUUUCUAGAUGGUCUGGAAAUUAUAUUGCUGUAUCAUAUCAGCCUUUGCUUUUCCAAUCCCAUCUUACCCAGGAUGCACUAGGUGUGGGCCAGCCCCCACCCCACCCUGACAGCUGACCAUGGAUCCUGGAGCCGGGUCCGAGUCCUCUCUGACUGUCAAUGAGCAGGUCAUCGUGAUGUCAAGCCACGAGACCAUCCGAGUGCUAGAAGUUGGAGUGGAUGCCCAGAUCCCUGCUGAAGAUGAGGGCAAAGGACUGGAGAGUGUGGCUGCUGACAGCUCUCAGAGUGGAGGCCCUGCUGAAGCCAGCAACCCAGGGCCAGACAACCCAGACCCCUCUGCAGAGGCUGUCACUUCCCGGGAUCCUUCCGAACCCUGCCCCCGCUAUUGCCACCUUCAGCCAAGCCCCAAGCCAGCCUCAGGCAUCGCAGACCCUGACACCACUGGCUGUACAAGCUGCCCCCCAGGUCUUGACUCAGGAAAACUUAGCCACAGUUCUGACAGGAGUUAUGGUUCCAGCAGGGGCAGUUACUCAACCUCUUCUUAUCCCCAUCAGUAUUGCAGGUCAAGUGGCUGGGCAGCAGGGGCUGGCCGUGUGGACAAUUCCUACAGCAACUGUGGCUGCCCUCCCAGGACUGACUGCUGCUUCUCCCACGGGGGCACUAUUCAAGCCACCUUUAGCUGGUCUGCAAGCAGCUGCCGUGCUGAACACCGCUCUCCCGGCACCCGUACAAGCUGCCCCACCAGUCCAGGCCUCUUCACCGGCCCAGCCCCGGCCACCAGCCCAGCCCCAGACACUGUUCCAGACCCAGCCGCUGCUGCAGACCACGCCUGCCAUCCUACCACAGCCCACUGCUGCCACCGCUGCUGCCCCCACCCCCAAGCCAGUGGACACCACCCCACAGAUCACCGUGCAGCCUGCAGGCUUCGCGUUUAGUCCAGGAAUCAUCAGUGCUGCUUCCCUCGGGGGACAGACCCAGAUCCUGGGCUCCCUCACUACAACUCCGGUCAUUACCAACGCCAUUCCCAGCAUGCCAGGGAUCAGCAGUCAGAUCCUCACCAAUGCUCAGGGACAGGUUAUUGGAACACUUCCAUGGGUGGUGAACUCAGCUAGUGUGGCAGCCCCAGCACCAGCCCAAAGCCUGCAAGUCCAGGCCGUGACCCCCCAACUGUUGUUGAAUGCUCAGGGCCAGGUGAUUGCGACCCUGGCCAGCAGCCCCCUGCCUCCGCCUGUGACUGUCCGGAAGCCAAGCACGCCUGAGUCCCCUGCUAAGAGUGAGGUGCAGCCCAUCCAGCCCACACCAGCUGUGCCCCAGCCUGCUGUGGUCAUUGCCAGCCCAGCCCCAGCAGUCAAGCCAUCUGCCUCUGCUCCCAUCCCAAUCACCUGCUCAGAGACCCCCACAGUCAGCCAGUUGGUAUCCAAGCCACAUACUCCAAGUCUGGAUGAGGAUGGGAUCAACUUAGAAGAGAUCCGGGAGUUUGCCAAGAACUUUAAGAUCCGUCGGCUCUCCCUGGGCCUUACACAGACCCAGGUGGGCCAGGCUCUGACUGCAACAGAAGGUCCAGCCUAUAGCCAGUCAGCCAUCUGCCGGUUUGAGAAGCUGGACAUCACGCCCAAGAGUGCCCAGAAGCUGAAACCAGUGCUAGAGAAGUGGCUAAAUGAGGCUGAACUCCGGAACCAGGAAGGCCAGCAGAACCUGAUGGAGUUUGUGGGAGGUGAGCCCUCCAAGAAACGCAAACGCCGCACCUCCUUCACCCCCCAGGCAAUAGAGGCCCUCAACGCCUACUUUGAGAAGAACCCGUUACCCACAGGUCAGGAGAUCACCGAGAUUGCUAAAGAGCUCAACUAUGACCGGGAGGUAGUGCGAGUCUGGUUCUGCAAUCGGCGCCAGACACUCAAGAACACCAGCAAGCUGAAUGUCUUUCAGAUCCCCUAGGGCUUGGCCCACAGCCCUGUGUUCCAGCACUUUGUACUCUUCCCUUGACACCUGACUGUCUCCACUGCCAUGACAGAACCUGUCAUUUUGCCACAUCAUGAGACUCCACUGUG